UCUGUUCUCCGAGAGAAGAGAGAAGUGACGUCAGCGCUUGAUUAGCAUAUCUCCCUCUAUAUAUUUCAUUCUUGCGCAUUGGCGCUCUACAGUACUGCAACGCACUUCAGCAGAAGACUUCAAACUGUAAUCCGUCUACAAAGACAACCAAUCAUGUCUGACAAACCAAACCUUGAGGAGGUCACCAGCUUUGACAAAACCAAGCUGAAGAAGACUGAGACUCAGGAGAAAAACCCACUGCCAUCGAAAGAAACCAUUGAACAGGAGAAGCAGGCGUCCUCGUGAAGACACAAGUUGCCAUCAUGCACUGUGCACACUCCCUUCCCUGCAUUGCCUUCUUUUCAUUUACUUCUUUUAGCAGUAUAACUUUGUAACCAAAAUGUCAAAAAAGAAAAUAUGAAACAAAAAAAAAAGAGAAUCUAAAGCUGCAUCACUGUCAGAUGGGAUGAGCUGACCCCUCUAGCAACAUCUAGAUGCAUUCGGACCGCCUCCCUUGUCCAGUCCAGCGACGAGUACAGAACACUUCUGAUUCCAGGAGCAUGAGCCGUGGAUUCAUCUGGUUUUGCAUUGGUUUCAAUUGUUGCCAUAGGACAAGGGAGUGUGGCCUAGCGGAUAUUCCCAAAUUUUUUAUUAUCCGGUUGAGCUUUUUGUCGACAAGUGACCAGCUCACAAAGUUAUGGCAUCACUUUUUAUUUUUUAGACUAAACUGCACAAUCUUUGUUUUUUUUAUGUUGGUAAUGAUUAACACCUUGUUAGUGCUGCUUCAGUGAAAUGCUUUUUUUUUAUUGGUAAGAAAGAGGAAGAGGAAAAAAGCGAAUUCAAUCUAGCUGUGAAAACACUUCUAAGGACCGGGUGUUGUAUUUGAAUUGAUUGUGCUCUUUUUAUUGAUGUGGUUUCGGGGUUGCUUUGUGUCGCACCCUGUCUUGGUUGUCUUGUGCGGUGGUUAUCACCUUUCAAAAUGUAAAUGCAAUGUGAUCGCUUUCAGCUGUAGAUCAUUUUAUUCUUGGGUUUUGUCAAAGGAAUAAACCUCAGCAACCAUGUUAUUGCCACAAACCAUUUAUCAAUAAUGGAAAAUCGAAACCGUUGUAAUAAAAAAACAAACAAUCAAAAAACUUUGUUAUCAGGA